AUGUGGAAAGAUAGUCACGGUGAAUAUGACUAUGGUUGGGCGGAUGAUAACGAUCAAAUAUCUGAAUCACAAAAACCUACUAUUGUAUUGAUGGGUUUGAAAAGAAGUGGCAAGACAUCAAUACGCAAGGUUGUUUUCAAUAAGAUGUCCCCAAAUGAAACAUUAUUUGUUGAAAGCACUCCUCGUGUAACAACUGAAACUGUGAAGGGGUCGUUUAUCAAUUUUGAAGCGAUUGAGUUUCCUGGUCAAAUGAGCCCUUUUAACGAUACAAUGAAUCCUCAUGACACUUUUGUUCGUUGUGGUGCCUUGCUAUUUGUUAUUGAUGCUCAGGAUGAUUACUCUGAAGCUCUCAAAAAAAUGGUUGAAUAUUUCAAAAAAGCUUAUGAGAUCAAUGAUAAAAUAAGAUUUGAGGUAAGCCAUUAUUCUUGUUGA